AUGGACGCUGCCUACAAAGGCACCCUCGGCAUCGACAACCCGACCCUCAACGACGAGUUCUCCUUGAACAUCUCCACCAAGAUCCCCAACCUCGUCUCCACCCUGCUCGACGCCGGGGCGCCGCCGGCUCUCGCGGCCCUGCCCCACGCCGACCGGGUCGUCCGCUACGACGCCUUCACCUUCAUGUCGGACCUGUACGCGGACCCGGGCGGCGCGUUCCCCAACAUCCGGGACACGAACGGGUUCCCCUCCUUCUGCGACGGGGACGCCGAGGAGCCGGCGGCCGUGCUGGCGGUCAACGGCACGGUGGUGGACGGGGUCCGGAUCACGAAGAACUGGGACUACUGCGUCACGCUCAAGCAUCAGGAUGAGUGGUAUUGGAUGCAGUAUGUGGACCCGAUGAGCCAUGUACAUCAGCUCGUGGCGCAGGAUAUGCAGGAGACGGUCAAGAAGUUUCCGUUUCCUCCGCUGUGA